AUGGAGUUAAGCGAUGGAGCAGCUAGCACUACUCCCUCACCACCUCGUUUUCCUGCUAUCCAACACUGCCUAAUGGCGGUGAUCAAACGGCGGUCGGUGAGACAGGACGAAUACAUUGGACGUACGUAUCAACAGCAUGCUAGUCGCCAGUCAUCAUGCAUAGUGAGGAAGUUUGCUGUGCCUUAUCACUUCGCAGGUUAA